UCGGUCCUCCACACAAAAAUUCUGAAGUCCAGUUAUGCUUAACUUUCUUUCCUCUCUCUGUCUAUGAAGUAUGAACUAUGAAGAGGUGCAUUUGCAUGUAAGCAGGUUUGUCGGUGCGCGGUGCCAUGGAUAAUUCUUCAAUUGACCAUGUCCUGAAGUUACUAUUAUCACUAGUCCUCCUUAUUGCUCCAGGUCAAAUUCGUGCAGUUGAAUUCCAGCCUAUAGGUCCAGUGGAGUACAGAGUAAUUGAGGCCAAAGCUGAUGGAACUCAACAGCGACGACGACUGGCGCCUUAUCAGCUCUGCUUGGUGUGCAAGUGCUGCGCUGGUAUUGGCGUCGCCACCACCUGUGCCACCAUGCCUUGCUGCUUUGGCAUCGACUGUGAGCUUCCCAACAAGCCUUAUGGGGUUUGUGCUUUUGUACCCAAAUCCUGUAACUGUACAAGUUGUGCCGUCUAAACCUUUAUUUUCCAUCUCCCUUUGAACACACGCCACAAGAAUCAAGAUUAGAUGAAGGCUAUAGCUCACCAAGUCCGUUAUAUCAUACAUGUGACUUCGUUGUUUUGGGUUGGAAAUUAUACACAUGAAAUAGAAACAGAGGUAUCAUUAGAACUGGUAAAGGGCAAGAUAGGGAUGGUUUAAUUACAUUAUGUUGGUUGGCUUUCAGCUUGUUUGGGAUUUCAUUUGAUCAAGAUGUUCUUUUCGGGGUUUUUUUUUUUUUUUUUUUUUAAUUUGAU